UUAAUUUACAUUGAGACACUGGUUUUUCCUUGGGCAUCAUUUGAAGACAUUUGAGCGUUCUCUUCUGCCAACAUUCUUGUGUAACCGCAUCAGCGGAAGUCCGUUUGCUUUUUUCUUUUUUCUUUUUAAAAGGACUGUCACAAAUGAUCGAUUUAUUCUCCUUAAAUCUUUAAUAUCUCACUCUCUCCUCCCUCGUCCCUUUCGACCUCCCUAAGAUUAGGUACCUACAGCGCCAUUACGAACGCAUUCGACAACGCCGCGUCGAGUAUGAAUUACAGAGUACUCUCCGCAGCUCGUCUACCCCGAAGCAUAACUAGCAUUGCGGUUGUUGGCACAGGCAUUGGGCUGUACUAUACCUACAUGGGGAACGUUGCUUACGCGGAUUCCGGUGCGCCGAAGAAGGCUUUCGGCUCUGGCCCGGCUUUUUUGUCUCUUGAGCUCGAGAGCACUGAAGCUGUAAACCACAACACUAAGCGGUUGCGAUUUAAGCUGCCUACACCAGAUACCGUCAGUGGCCUUACAUUAACAUCCGCGCUCUUAACAUACUCUUGGCCAAAAGGCAGCACAUUUCCUGUCGUGCGCCCUUACACUCCGAUCAACUCACUAGAUGAGCCGGGUGCUUUAGAACUUCUCAUCAAGAAAUACCCCGAUGGCAAGCAGAGCACAUACAUACACUCCCUGAAGCCUGGAGACUCAUUGCGCUUUGUCACCCGGAUACCGGGAUACAACUACCAGCCAAACAAGCACUCAGAGAUCCUUCUCAUCGCCGGAGGAGCCGGUAUUACUCCUAUAUAUCAACUGAUUCGGGGCAUCUUGCAAAAUCCUGAGGACCACACCAAGAUCAACUUGGUAUUUGGCGUAAACACAGAUGCCGACUUGCUUCUAAGAAAGGAGCUCGACGAGUACGCAUCGAAUUUUCCAAGCCGUUUUAAUGUGACGUAUACGAUCAGUCACCCCGCAAAUGGCUCGCCGUUUCGACAAGGCUACGUUACCAAGGAGUUGCUGAACGAUGUGGCGCCCCAAUCGGCUGAUUCUAAAGUGUUUGUCUGCGGACCGCCGCCGAUGGAGACUGCGCUUGUGGGAAGCUGGCAGAAAUCAGGGAUCUUGCAUGAACUCGGUUAUCGGAAGGAUCAAAUACAUAAAUUCUGAGCCCUUAGAUAGAUCGGAAGAUUCAGAUCAGUAGAUACCGAGUGUUUCCCUUCGACUAAUAUAAAUAAUUACCUACUCUAAACCCAGUUAUUUCAGGACGACAUAACAUCGAGUACUUAAAUAAUUAAAGCAACUAGUUAAACAACUUAUCUAAUCCAAGUUUAUCAUAUAA